AUGGUGCUGACUUGGAAGAAGUUGAUAACUUUAGCCUGCCAGGAAGUGAAUAUAUGCCACAAUCCCCAACUGGAGAAUGCACGUCGAAGGGCUCCCGAUUGGCGCAAACCUCACAGUAUCGUUUACGUCCUUGCAAUGUCGAAUCGAAAGAACCAUGUCUAUCUCUUCAAUAUCACUAUGUUGAAAGUAAUGACGUACGGAUGCGAAACGUGGUCACUGACGAAAGCAGAAGAACGAGUGCUAACUGUGAUGGAGAGAGCAGUGGAGCGAAGGAUGCUUGCCGUGUCUCUUUCUGACCACACAAAACAAUCAGAUACUUCGUCAGAUGAGCAGCAUGCACAACAUAAAAUCGAGCACACCAUGAAUUGGAAUCCUAUGCUACAUGGCUUGCAAACAACUGGUGAGAGUCGCACAUUAGCGAGUAGUAACCAUGAGAAAGUAAACGACCACUUUUAUGCGCUGGGGCCAUAA